ACUAUCUCCCACAAGUCUAAAACCAUUUUUCGACCCCAAAACACAACGAAAACGACGGACCAAAAAAAAUGCCGCACUUGAGAAUCGAAACAAACGUCCCCGAGGCGAACAUUCCGAAAGACUUGCCGGCGAAACUGUGCCAAGUGUUGGCGAAAAGUUUGGGAAAGCCGGUCAGCUACUGCGUUGCCACGGUUGUUGGGGGUGUGAACAUGUCGUGGGGCGGCUCCACGGUGCCGUGCGCCCAGGCCACGCUCAUGAGCAUCGGGGCGUUGGGCGUCGAACCGAACAAGAAACAUUCGGCCGCUAUUUUCGAGGUUAUCACCAAGGAGUUGGGCAUUGCUGACGACAAGAUGUACAUUCAUUUCAUGGAUGCGCCCUCAGCAAACGUCGGAUUCCAGGGCACCACCUUUAAGGAUAUUCUGGGUUGAUCGGUGUUACACAUUCUUAAAGAUUAUUUUUAUAAGUGCUAAAUGUUUAGAUUGUAACUGUUAAUAAAUGAUAUGUGACUGUU